UUGUUGAUUGUGGCCUGUGUAAUGUUGGUCCACUCCUCUUCAAUGGCUGUGUAAAGUUGCUGGAUAUUGUUAGGAACUGGAACACGUUGUCAUAUACACCAAUCCAGAGCAUUCCAAACAUGCUCAAUGGGUGAUAUGUCCGGUGAGUAUACUGGCCAUGCUAGAACUGGGAUCUUUUCAGCUUCCAGGAAUUGUGUACAGAUCUUUGGGGCCAUGAAUUAUCAUUUCACCAUUCAUUUGAUAUGCCUUGAUAUUGCACCUUGAUAUACCACACCUGUGAGGUGGAUUGAUUAUCUCAGCAAAGGAGAAUUGCUCACUAACACAGAUUUAGACAGAUUUGUGAACAGUUUUUGAGAGAAAUAGGCCUUUUGUGUACAUAGAUAAAGUCUUAGACCUUUGAGAUCAGCUCAUGAAAAACGGGCGCAAGAGCAAAAUUGUUGCAUUUAUAACUUGUUCAAUGUAGUUGUGAUGUGAACUAUGAUAUAAGGUGUGGUCUCCAAAAAUCACAAAUUAGUGUUUCUUUUCCGAAAUAAUCAUUGUAUUUGAAUGAAUCUCUGUAGUGUAUGAUUGAACAACUCACUCAUAAAUAGACUUAUUUCGUAAAUGAAUCAAUUCUUCUGAAUGAACUGCUUGAGAAAAUGAUUCAGGUUAAAAUGGCAGAACAUAAUCCAUCUUUGUUCAUGUAAUAUGAUAUUGUUCAUUGUAAUAUGAAUGUCAAAAAUAGGAGACAGGCCUAUCAAACACGCGAUAAGUGAGAACAAGGGGAACAGUGUAAUACAAACCCAAAAUAUACAUGAAAACUGAUAUUUUUGAGAACUAUCCCACCACUGAAAGCAGAACAUUAGUGAGGAAGUUUUCAACUUACAUGACAAAAAAGUGGUUUUUAAUGAGGAAGUUCUACAAUUAUUGUAACAAAAGUGUUUUCAUGUAUAAUUUACUGUAUAUAUUGUACCACUUUUGUAUAAACUUGAUGCUUUGUUUUAAAAUGAUACCUUAGUAAUAAUUUUUUGUUGUUGUUGUUGUGAAAUUCUUAUACAUGAAAUGUGAUUUUAUAAAGUAACCUUUAUUACAAAUUCAAUUUCACUAUAAUCUUCCUUAAGCAACUAAACCUUAAUUAUUGAGAUUUUCAAAUUCAUUGUUGAUUGGAGAUUGAAUGCAGCUCUCUCCAGCCAUUAUCAGUGCAGAUCAAAAUCGUACGGAAGAUUCUGUAACUACAGUCCCAUAAAUGAAAAAAUCAGAAAAAAAUUACUUGUUUUCUGUGCUUACACUGAUUUUGCUUGUUCCCAAACUAAAACAAUUACAAUCCAGCUUCUCUUCACUAGAAGACAACUGCAUGGUAUAUUUUAUUAUUCAAUAUGUUGAAUAUCGAAUUAUAUCAGUUAUAACAGACAAAGGUUUGAACAAAUCUACAUAUUAAAGUCAUAUAAACCCUUAAGGAAGUAUGGUAAUGUGGUGAGUAAAACACGUGACACCAUAUUUAAGCUUCUUCUUUGUCUAGAUUUCAGCUUUUCUCACUCUGGAUUCAGCGUGAUUCAUUAAUUCAACAUCAGGUGCAUUUUAUAAACAUUACUGAAGGAGGAACAUGUCCUUUUUGUUUCUUUAAUGAAAUUAUGUUGAUUUUUGUCUACAAAACUAAUUUUAAGAACUUUAGCAAUAGUCUUUGAAAUCAAAAUGUUUUUAAGAUGAUGAGAAACAAAAUCUUUCAUGUGUCUUAAGACUUUUUGAUUCAGUUUUUGUUUUGAAUUCAGAGCAAUGCUCAUUUAAAAAAUGUAUUAAUGCAACACACCUUGUUUCACAGAUUACAGAGGUUCAUUAAAGGACAAGAAUAAUGGGAGGUAAAGAAUCUAGACCUGAGAGAAGGAUUGUCCUUUUUGGGAAGACAGGAGUUGGCAAGAGUAGCGCCGGGAAUACAAUCCUUAAAAAACGAAUAUUCAAGAGUAAAGCUUCACCUACAUCGAUGACUGCAGACUGUGUGAGUGGAAAUGGAUUGGUUUUUGGAAGAAAAAUCACUGUUAUUGACACACCUGGGAUUUUUGACACAGUUGUUUCCGAGGAUGCCAUCAGAGCUGAAAUCAUUAAAUCCAUCACUGAAAUGGGCCCAAGUCCUGACAUGAUAGUAAUGAUUCUAAAGGUUUCAAGGUACACCAAACAAGAAAUGGAGAUUGUGGAUAUUAUGAAUUCAUAUUUUGAGCAGCAUGGUGAUAUCCUUAAACACAUAUCAGUUUUAUUUACUCACGGUGAAGAUCUAGAAGGUCGAACCAUUGAGGAAUUUGUGAAGGAGAGUCCAAAACUACAGCAGCUUGUUGAAAACUGUGGAGGUCGCUGUUAUGUUAUUGACAACAAACACUGGAGUGAAUGCUGCUGGGGUUAUAGGAGCAACAGAGUUCAGGUGAAAAAGCUGUUGAGGACCUUCGAGAAGAAUCUGAAAGGAAGAGAGAAAGGCUGCUUUAACAAUGAGCUGCUUCAGAUGGUGGAGGAAGAAAUCCAAGAAGAGAUUGAAAAUAUAGAGGACAAUUUGCAUACAGAAGAGAAAAAAGGAAAAGCUAAAGAUAACGUUUAUAAAAAACUUCUCAUUAGGCUUGCCGGAGUGACCACAGGGACACUGGUCGGUGCUUUCCUGGGCAUCGGCAUUGCAGUGGGAACUGUUGUGGCUUUACUCAAAGCAACAAAGUUUGCUUCAGCGGUGAAAGCCAUUGGGGUUGAAGUGGCUGCGGGUGCUGGCAUUGGAGCAGCAAUGGGUUCAGGAAUCACUGCCGGUGUUCUCGGAGCUGCGGCUCUCUCAGGAUGUGUUGGAGGAGCAAUUACUGGAUAUCAAGCGUCAGUAGAAUCUGACUCUGUGGGAGAUGCUAUAUUAAAAGCAGCAAGAGCAAGCUGCGAGACAGCAAAUGCUAUUGUUGGAAUGGCAGAACUCCCAUUAUUUUUAAACGCAAUAGAUAACAUUUGUGAAUAAAAGGCUAAAAUUUAUUGAAGAAUAAUAUUUCAUGAAACUUUUCAUUUGAGUUAAUUUUACUACAUUCAUCAUCAUUUAACUCAAAUGAUCUUAAAAAUGUAGU